AUAGAGGCGUUUAGGGAAAUCUCGCGAGAUUUCGAUGAGUUUACUCGAGUAAAUGCCACGUCCUACCAGUAGCAUCAACGUAGACUUAAGUAUAUGCGGUUUAUCAAACGCAUUGCACGCAGGACAGAUAGCCAUCGAGCGGGCAGCGAUACCCGACACAUCCCGGGGAUAAUAUGGGCUGUUUACUUCUGCUGUCACUGACACUCCUGUUAGCCGCACAUUCAACCAGCGCCCACAGCCAUUCCCAUGGCGACCACGACCACCAUCACCAUGGCCACCAUCACCACGGCCACCAUCACCACGGAGAAGAUGACCAGGAAGAUGUGAGGAUGUUCCACGGCGCUAGCAAGUGGACCGCUGAGGCCAACGUCCCCAACCACGGGCACGCUCACGACCACGGGCACGCUCACGACCACGGGCACGCUCACGACCACGGGCACGCUCACGACCACGGGCACGCUCACGACCACGGACACGCUCAUGAGGAGGAUGUGGUUCGGGUCCACAAGGUGGAGAGUGGACACGCGCACUCCCACGGAGGGGAGAGGGUGAAGAGGGAGGCCGGAGCAGAGAAGAGGGACACAGUGGAGCUGUGGACGCAGGCCAUCGGAGCGACUUUGCUCAUCAGUGCGGCUCCUUUCCUCAUCCUCUUCCUGAUCCCGGUUCAGUCCAACAGCGACCAGCACCAGAACCUGCUGAAGGUGCUGCUCAGCUUCGCCUCAGGCGGGCUGCUGGGCGACGCCUUCCUCCACCUCAUCCCGCACGCUUUGGAGCCUCACUCUCACCACGGAGAAGAAGACCACUCGCACGCAACUGAGGUGUCACAUGACCACGGCCACUCCCACGGAGCGGCCCACGGUCACAUGAUGUCCGUGGGCCUGUGGGUGCUCGGUGGCAUCAUCGCCUUCCUGGUGGUGGAGAAGUUUGUGCGAGCCCUGAAGGGAGGCCAGGGCCACUCGCACGGCCACUCGCACGAUGCCCCCAAGGAGAAGGACAGCGAUGGCGAGGAAGAGAAGGAGAAGAAGAAGAAGACGAAAGAGGGCAAAGCCAGCAAAGACGCGGCGGUGGCGAAGAAAGAGGAGCCCAAGAGCACAGACAUCAAGGUGUCGGGUUACCUCAACCUGGCGGCCGACUUCACGCACAACUUCACCGACGGCCUGGCCAUCGGCGCCUCCUUCCUGGUCGGCCCGACGGUGGGCGCCGUCACCACCGUCACCAUCCUGCUGCACGAGGUGCCGCACGAGAUCGGAGACUUCGCCAUCCUCGUCCAGUCGGGCUGCACCAAGAAAAAGGCCAUGUGUCUCCAGCUGCUGACGGCCCUGGGGGCGCUGGCCGGCACGGCGUGCUCCCUGCUGGCGGAGGGCGUGGGCGCCGCGGCCACCGCCUGGAUCCUGCCCUUCACGGCCGGCGGCUUCGUCUACAUCGCCACGGUGACGGUGCUCCCGGAGCUGCUGGCGGGCCGCUCCAGCUUCGGCCAGUCCCUGAUGGAGGUCCUGGCGCUGCUGCUGGGGGUCGGCAUGAUGGUGCUGAUCGCCGAGUACGAGUGAGGCGGAGAAAAGGGAGGGAAAGAAAUGCUGAUGUUUUUUUUUUGUUGUUGUCAAAUGGAUCAUAAUUUGCCUGGGGUGUGUUUUUUAUUUGUUAUUUUUAAUUCAUUCUGGAAGGGACGGGCUUUCGUUGUCUUUAUGGCGUCACACCCCUGAUUUUUGUAUCGACGGUUCUUUUUCCGGCUACUUGAACUGGAAAGAAACAAACCUGACAGGGACGUUUUUGAGGAACUGCUGCUUGGCCGAAGGUGUCCUUAGAGACGGGGGGGGGGGGGGG